AUGUCGCGCGCGCUGCUGAUAACAGGAGCCACCGGCAAACAAGGCGGCAGCGUCAUCACGUCCCUGCUCGCGAAAAACGCCGACUUUCAAAUCCUCGCCGUCACAAGAGACACGACCUCGCCAGGAGCAAAGAAACUGGCUGCCGCGUCCCCCAAGGUCACACUUGUCCAAGGAAACCUAGACGACACCGAGGCCAUUUUCAAGAAUGCCAAAAAGGCAACCGAGGCACCCAUAUGGGGGGUCUUCAGCGUCCAGUUGGCCCCGAUGAACAAAUCCGGCCCCAGCAUCGAGGAGGCCCAGGGCAAGUCGCUCGUCGACUCGGCCAUCAAGCACGACGUGAAGCACUUUGUGUACACGUCCGUGGAUCGCCACGGCGCCAAGUCCAUCGACAACCCUACCGACGUCCCGCACUUCAAAAGCAAGCACAACAUCGAGCAUCAUCUCAUCGACAAGGCGCAAAACACCACCAUGUCCUGGACCAUCCUCAGGCCAGUCGCCUUCAUGGACAACUUUGCGCCGGGGUUCAUCGGCAAGCUUUUCGCAACGGCUUGGCGGGACGCGCUAAAGUCCCGCCCGCUCCAGCUCAUAGCGACCGAGGACAUUGGCGCCUUUGCCGCCAUGUCCUUCCUGGAGCCCGACAGGUUCGCAGGCAAGAGCAUCUCGCUGGCGGGGGAUGAGCUGUCGUUUGCGCAGAUGGAAAAGGUCUUUAGGGAAAAGGUGGGCGCCCCUCCGCCGACCACGUUUGGGUUCGUCGCGUGGCUUGUUUUGCGGCUCUCGGUCGAGCUGAGGACCAUGUUCAACUUCUUUGAGAAGGAGGGCUACGGCGCAGACAUUGCGGCUGUGAGGGAGAUGAACCCUGACGUCAAGGACUUUGGCCGCUGGCUGGAGGGGAGUGCGUUUGUCAAGUCGAAACGAGACUGA